GUUCUAAAUUUAGAUAUUACGUAACUCCCAUCGUAACACACUCGUGGGUUACAGCCGGCCGGCACUCUUUACUCCACAACUAGGCACUGACUCUUUUUAGCUCUGUGCGUGUCCAGGACUUGUUCUUUGCUUGCAGCCUACGAGAUAAGGCAGUUUUAGAUUCAGGAGCGCAUAUCAUGGCGGAGAUAAAGGAACCUGACCCUCAGGACGACCUGGCAACGGCCAUUCUGCGGACCAAGUCGAAGCCGAACCGUCUGCUGGUGGAGGAGGCAGUGAAUGACGAUAACUCUGUGGUGGCUCUGUCCCAGGAGAAGAUGGAUGAGUUGCAGCUGUUUCGGGGAGACACUGUUCUCUUGAAGGGGAAGAGGAGGAAGGAAACGGUGUGUAUUGUGUUGAGUGACGACACAGUUGCCAACGAGAAGAUACGGAUGAACAGAGUCGUGCGCCAGAACCUGCGAGUACGCCUCGGAGAUGUGGUCAGUGUGACAGCUUUUCCUGACGUCAAAUACGGCAAGAGAGUACAUGUCCUGCCUAUUGAUGACAGCGUGGAGGGCAUUACAGGGAAUCUGUUUGAUGUGUUUCUAAAGCCUUACUUCCUGGAGGCUUAUCGCCCUGUGCAUAAAGGGGACAUUCUACUGGUGAGGGGAGGAAUGCGACAGGUGGAGUUCAAGGUAGUUGAGACGGACCCCAGCCCCCACUGCAUCGUCGCCCCCGACACCGUCAUCCACUGCGAGGGAGAACCAAUCAAGAGAGAAGACGAGGAGGAGUCCCUCAAUGAAGUCGGUUACGAUGACGUCGGAGGAUGCAGGAAGCAACUGGCCCAGAUCAAGGAGAUGGUGGAGCUUCCGCUGCGUCAUCCUCAGCUGUUCAAGGCCAUCGGAGUAAAACCACCCCGGGGUAUACUCCUCUACGGCCCUCCAGGCACUGGGAAGACCCUCAUCGCUAGGGCCGUAGCGAACGAGACCGGAGCUUUCUUCUUCCUCAUCAAUGGUCCUGAGAUCAUGAGUAAGAUGGCUGGAGAAUCUGAGAGCAACCUCCGCAAAGCAUUUGAAGAGGCAGAGAAGAACGCUCCUGCAAUCAUCUUCAUUGAUGAGCUUGAUGCAAUAGCUCCAAAACGAGACAAGACUCACGGAGAGGUGGAGCGUCGUAUAGUGUCCCAGCUCCUGACCCUGAUGGACGGACUGAAGCAGAGGGCCCACGUCGUAGUGAUGGCCGCCACCAACAGACCCAACAGUAUCGACCCUGCUCUCAGGAGGUUCGGUCGAUUCGACAGGGAGGUCGACAUUGGCAUCCCUGACGCCACAGGUCGACUGGAGAUCCUGAGGAUCCACACCAAGAACAUGAAGCUACAUGAUGACGUGGACCUGGAGCAGGUGGCAGCUGAGUCCCACGGCCAUGUUGGGUCUGACGUUGCCUCUCUCUGCUCCGAGGCCGCUCUACAACAGAUCAGGGAGAAGAUGGAUCUCAUAGAUCUGGAGGAUGACACUAUCGAUGCUGAGGUCAUGGACUCUCUGGCUGUCACCAUGGACAACUUCAGAUAUGCGAUGGGUCAGAGUAACCCGAGUGCCCUGAGGGAGACGAUAGUGGAGAUACCCACAGUGUCCUGGGAAGACAUCGGGGGACUGGAGGAGGUCAAGAGAGAGCUCCAGGAACUCGUCCAGGUAGACUAUUACCAGUCAUUUGUGUACGGUUCACGAGGAACUUAA